GCACAGUGCACUUUGCAGUCCGUGUAGCAGGGGAGGGGGAAGCAGGCUGGCUGCCGGAUCUAUCCUCUCUCUCUCUCUCUCCCUCCCAGCUCAGCUCAAAGUGCCGUCUGCCUCUCCAGACCUGCCAUGGCCGUUCUGCCUGGAUAUGCCUUCUUCUUUCUCCUGCUGCACUUUCAGCUCGCCCGCGCGCUCUAUAUCGCCGACAGCGUAGAUUCCCUGCAGCAUGUCCUGAGGGAGUACGGCUUGGUGAAGCCGGUAAGCGUGGACGUGGAUGGACGCUUCCUCUCCCACGCCGUCUCCGCCGGCCAGCUGAGUAGGCAGCAGCCCCACCGGCGCAGGCGGAGAGACACCCACCCGAAUGGAGUGCAGGAGCAUGCGAGCACCAGAGAGACGCUCUUUUACAACGUUACUGUUUUCGGGCAGGAGUUCCACCUUCAUCUCCGGCGUAACUCACGCCUGGUGGCACCCGGUGCGACGGUAGAGUGGCUCGAGGAGGACAACCAAACCCACUCAGAGCCGCUCCUGGCCAGUGACUGUCUGUACGUGGGCCACGUUACUAAUGUACCAGAUACCUCAGUGGCCAUCAGCAACUGUGAUGGCCUGGCGGGGAUGAUCCGUGCAGGUCAGGAGGAGUUCUUUAUCGAGCCGCUGGAGAGAGGAGGAGGCGACAUGACAGGAGAGGAGGAGGGAGGAGCCGGACGACAUCACAUCCUCUACCGCUCUUCUGCCAUAAAGAAACCGGCCGUCGGUCACGUGGAUGAUUUCCCCCCCAGAGCUUCAGCGCUGGGUGGCCUGGCUGGAAUGGAGGCUCUCUCCAGAGGGUUUGAACCAAAAGUGAACAGCAGCAGACGUUCCAAAAGACAUUCACACCAAGACGAGAUCUUCAACAUCGAAGUCCUCCUGGGAGUGGACUGCUCAGUGGUUCAGUUCCAUGGCCGAGAGCACAUCCAGAAAUACCUGCUGACACUUAUGAACAUAGUGAAUGAGAUCUAUCAGGAUGGUUCACUGGGCGCUCAUAUCAACGUAGUAUUGGUGCGAAUCAUGAUGCUUUGCUCUCCCAAGUCUAUAGGUCUGAUCGAGCUGGGCAACCCUUCUCAGAGUCUGGAGAAUGUUUGUCGAUGGGCCUUCCUGCAGCAGAAAGAGGAUGAGAAUGACGCAGAGUACCACGAUCACGCUAUCUUCCUCACAAGACGAGAGUUUGGGCCUACUGGCAUGCAGGGUUAUGCUCCAGUGACUGGCAUGUGUCACCCUGUGAGAAGCUGCACUCUGAAUCAUGAGGAUGGUUUCUCCUCUGCCUUUGUGGUGGCUCAUGAGACAGGACAUGUGUUAGGGAUGGAGCACGAUGGCCAGGGCAACGAGUGUGGUGACGAGGUCCCGAUGGGCAGCAUCAUGGCUCCUCUUGUACAGGCGGCUUUCCACCGCUUCCACUGGUCCCGCUGCAGCCACCAGGAGCUCAGCAGAUAUCUCAACACCUACGACUGUCUUCGUGAUGACCCCUUUGACCAUGAGUGGCCGUCCCUGCCGCAGCUGCCAGGCCUGCAUUACUCCAUGAAUGAGCAGUGCCGUUUUGAUUUUGGCAUGGGCUACAUGAUGUGCACGGCGUACAGCACCUACGACCCCUGCAAGCAGCUGUGGUGCAGCCACCCGGAGAACCCUUUCUUCUGCAAGACCAAGAAAGGCCCUCCUAUCGAUGGCACCAAGUGUGCCACAGGAAAGCACUGCUUUAAGGGUCACUGUAUCAAGCUGUCACCAGACAUUCUGAGGCAGGAUGGCCACUGGGGCCAGUGGACUGAGUUUGGCUCCUGCUCGCGCACCUGCGGAGGAGGUGUCCGCUUCCGCACCCGCCAGUGUGACAACCCCAUCCCUGCCAACGGUGGGCGCACCUGCUAUGGAAACAACUAUGAGUUCCAGCUGUGUAACACUGAUGAGUGUGCCAAGGCCCUGGCGGACUUCAGAGAGGAGCAGUGCAAGAUGUGGGACCCACACUUUGAGCACCAGGGGGCCAAGCACCACUGGCUGCCUUAUGAGCAUCCUGACCCUGAGGAGAGAUGCCAGCUGUACUGCCAGUCUAAAGAGACGGACGAUGUGGUGUCCAUGAAGAGGAUGGUGCAUGACGGCACACGCUGCUCCUAUAAGGAUCCUCACAGCGUGUGUGUGCGUGGAGAGUGUGAGAAAGUGGGCUGUGAUAACGUGAUUGCCUCAGAGCUGGAGGAGGAUAAGUGUGGCGUAUGUGGAGGGGACAACUCCACCUGCAAGAUCGUCAAAGGAAACUUCACUCGAAGUGCCAAGAAACCAGGUUUCCUGAAGAUCCUGGAAAUUCCCAGAGGAGCGAGGCAUGUUUUUAUUCGAGAGUUUAAAGGAACCCCACACAUUCUGGCGGUGAAGAACCAGGCCACAGACCACCUGUUCCUGAACGACGAGGGUGAGUUUCCUGAGUCAAGAGCAGUCAUCGAGAAAGGCGUACUGUGGGAGUAUAGCAACGAUGAUGAUAUGGAGACGGUCCAGACCACAGGGCCGCUGGGAUACGGAGUCCUCAUCAUGGUUCAAUCUCACAGCACAUCCAAAGUCACGCUGUCCUACAAGUAUAUCCUGCCAGAAGACCCUGCAUCGUCUAUGGAGAACAGCUUACCACAAGACGACACAGUCUACUUUGAGUGGGCUCUGAAGAAAUGGUCCCACUGCUCCAAGCCGUGUGGUGGAGGGAAGCAGUACACGCGCUUUGGCUGCCGCAGGAAGUCAGAUGGUAAGAUGGUGCACCGCACACUCUGCGCCAACAUCGCCAAACCCCGCGCCAUCAGCCGAGCCUGCAACCAGAAGCAGUGCUCUGAGCCAAUUUGGGUGACAGGAGAAUGGGAGGAGUGCAGUAAGUCAUGCGGUAAAACGGGCACUCAAACUCGGCCCGUGCGCUGUGUGAGGCCUCAGCCGGACGGCACGCAGAAAACCAUCAACUCCAAAUACUGCAACGAUGACCGACCUGAGGGUCGCCGCAGUUGCAAUCGGCACCUCUGUCCUGCCCAGUGGAGAACUGGACCCUGGUCCCAGUGCUCCGUCACCUGUGGAAAUGGAACUCAGGAGCGGCAAGUUAUGUGCAGCACUCCCGAUAACGCUAUUGGUGUCUGUCUGGACACUAAACCAGAGAACAUCAGGAAAUGUCCGCUAAUGCCAUGUUCUGGUGAUAAGGGGAACUUCCUGAUCCAGUGGCUGUCCAGGGCGGACCCCGAGUUCCCGGCCCCCAAGAUAUCCUCAAGGACACGCUGUAAAGGAGAUAAGUCAGUCUUCUGUCGAAUGGAGGUGCUGAGAAAGUACUGCUCCAACUCUGGCUAUAGGCAGAUGUGCUGCAAGUCCUGCAGCAAGGGCAACUACACCUCAAGCCUCAACCUGACCUCAAAGCCCUGGACCUACACUUCAGUGGCUCCAGGCACCAUCAUUCCUACAGUUAGGAAUGUCACACAGCCCUACACCCUCCCCCAGGUGCCCAUCACCCACAGCUACUACACCACCAUCAAAUCUUCACUCAGCAAGCAAGGAACACCUACAAGCACCCCCACACGUUGGAGAUACACCACCACUCUGAACCCCCUCACUCUGAAGACUACAUUUCCUAUUACCACCAGCGCCAUCCUGGAGGAAACGGAUGGACCGAGCACGACAUUCGAUGAGGAGGACAGCUCUGAGUCGUGGACAGUGAUCACAAGUGACGAGGUCUCAGGGUCCAUGACUUGGUUUGAGGAUUUUUCGUCAACUGUUGUUCAGUUCUCUGAUACACCCGAAUAUGUAGGUGCUGAAAAAUUAGUUACAACUCAAACAGUUACAACGCCUCCAGUUACAACGCCAACUGUUACAACGGCAGUGCAAUCUAGGUUUAUUAUAACAAGCCCACCAGCUAUAGUAAGCCUUCACAGAUCAGAGGACAGGAAGGAAAAUAACUCCAUUGAUGUGUCCUACAAGGUUGUGGAUGUUAAUGAAGUCGCCCAGAACCACUUUAUAGCCAGAAAGCUGGUGCGCUUCCAAGAGAAAACACACAAUAAAAGGAUUCAGGAGCUCCUUGCUGAGAAAAGGAGGCAAGACUUUCUUCUUAGAAGACUGAAAAGAAAACCUGGAGACUGAUCAAUUUUCGCUUUUCUUCUUGUCUCAUGGAAAACACUUCAAUCUCUCAGAUGUAUUCUAACAUCUUUGGUAAAAUCCACCUCCACAAUGCUGAGACGUGCCCGGAGGUCUUUGAACAUUUAUCUGCUUGUUAGCCUUUGUUUCUGUAUCAAAGCUUUACGUUUCUUUUUUAGCCGUCCCAGCACUCUCCAUCCUGAAAUAAAUGUACUCACAGAAAUGCAUUUACAGUGGAAAAAGGCUUUUCAGUUGAUUAAGAUAAGAGUAUAUCAGGGAACCUUAUGAAAUAUGAAUUUUACUUUCAUCUCUGAUGUGGCAAUUUAAAGGGAUCAUUUUUAAAGCAGAUUUAUUGUUUCUCUUAUAUGGAAAUUUUACUUGUGUAUCUUUCAGUGGGUGUCCAACUGAGUGGAGCAAUACAUCUAGAUUAAAAAUAUAAACAUUUCUCCCUAAGGAUAAUUUCAAACAGCAGAAUUAUAAGCAAGCUGAUGAAUAUGAACGGUCUACUUUACUUCAGCUCACGUUGUUGAAUAUUUUCCAUUGUUGAUUUACAUCAGACAUCUAACCUUUAGAGACAUUUUGUGGUUUUGUCUGUGGCAGAUUUUUCCAACCACUGAUUUGAAGUGGGAGGUGUUGGCAGCCUCUCUGCUUUAUAGAAGCACUCCACUAUUCUAAACAUCAGGCUCAUACCAGCACUAAUAUAUAUGUUGACGACAGUCAGAAACGUACUGUUGGUAGUAAAACUGGAAUGGCAAUAAUUGUCAAAAAUCAUUUCAAAAUAUACGUCUUUUUAUCUUGAUAUGCAUGUUUGUAUCUAUUCAUUAAGAGUCUCAUAAGACCAUUUUUUCCAUGUUAUGAAUCACAGACUUGUCGUCUUUUUCAUAUAUAUUAAGGUUGUUUUGAUGCUGAUGCUGAUGCUUCAUUAUAAGCCACCCACUCCUUCUCCCUGUGGAACUGUUGACUAGGUCCCUGCAACUUGAGCUUGAUUUGCCAAAACCCGUCUUAUGUUUCAGAUACAGAUCUCUUUGAUGAAAACUUUUUGCACCAAGUUUUUUCGAGUCUUCUUUUAACACCAUAUAAAUCCCUCACGUUCACAUUUGCAUUUGUUGUAUUUCAUCUAUUCAACGCUUGUUAGCCUUUGUCAUUCAGUACCUGCACAAAUAAGAACCUCUUCAUCAGUGUUGUAUAUGUGAAUCAGAAUUUUAUUUUUUAUAUUUAUUGAAGUGCCUUUGGUCAAACAGCAGUGUUUUAUGAGUCUGCUUCGAGCUUACGUGGAAGUCAGCGCAUGAGCAGCAGUGUCCCGCCUGUAGCACCUCAACAUCUGGUACUAUGACAUGAUGUCCACACUGUCUAAAGCCAUUCAUUCUCUUGAAGACGAAAUGAAAGAAUGCUGUGGGUAUAUGCAUUCUUUCAUUUAUUAUUUUAAUAAAAUUGCAAAUGAAGUCAA